AUGGAAAGAGUUCCCUCUGCCGUAUGUAGUGCCAGUUGUCCUGCUGGAUUCAGGAAGUUGCCUUUGGAAGGGAAGCCUCCUUGUUGCUUCAGUUGCUCCCCUUGCUCAGAAGGAGAAAUCUCCAGCCAUAUGGAUGCCGAGCAGUGUAAGAAGUGUCCAGAGGAUGAAUAUCCCAAUGAGCAGAGAGAUCGUUGCCUUCCGAAAAUUGUGACCUUUCUGGAUGUGGCUGAACCCUGGGGGAUGGCAGUGACAGCUGUAGCUGUUUCAUUCUCAUUCCUCACGGCCCUGGUGCUGUGGAUCUUUGUGAAAUUCCAAGACACUCCCAUAGUCCAAGCCAAUAAUAGGAACCUCAGCUACCUGCUCCUCACCUCCCUUUCCUCCUGCUUCCUCUGCUCCUUGCUCUUCAUGGGUCGUCCCACCACUGCUUCCUGUCUUUUCCGACAAACAGUAUUUGCAGUUGUGUUCACAGUGGCUGUUUCCUCCAUUUUGGCCAAGACCAUCAUAGUGGUUCUGGCUUUCAGGGUGACAGGGCCAGGGAGCAGGAUGCGGAUGUUCCUUCAUCCCAGAGUGCCCUACUGUGUGGUUCUCAUUUGCUCUGGAAUUCAAGGACUUUUCUGUGCCAUCUGGUUGGGGACCCAUCCCCCCUUUCCAGAGGCAGAAACACACUCUGAAUCCAGGCACAUCAUCCUCACAUGUAACGAGGGCUCCACCUUUGCAUUUUACUGUGUCCUGGGCUACAUGGGCUUUCUGGCCCUGGGCAGCUUCACCAUAGCCUUCCUGGCCAGGAACCUGCCCGAUGCCUUCAACGAAGCCAAGUUCAUCACUUUCAGCAUGCUGGUGUUUUGCAGCGUCUGGGUCUCUUUCCUCCCCACAUAUCAGAGCUCCAAAGGGAAAGCUGUGAUGAUCGUGGAGAUCUUCUCCAUUUUGGCCUCCAGUGCUGGGUUACUAGGAUGUAUUUUUAUUCCCAAAUGCUUUGUGAUUCUCCUGACAUCGUGGGAAAAUAACACCAAACAGAACAAGAAUCAAAGGAGUUGCAAGAGCAAGACUUCUUCUUUUUUUUAA